UUUAUCAACAAACAAUUGGAAAACGGCUGCUCCAUUCCGACUACCAGGGCAGUAUCAUGAAAAAUAGAACGAGAAGGUACCAAAGCUGGGAAAAUAUCGUCACAGAGGCCCAGGUCCUCGCCGCCCCCGAUGGCCGACUCCUCCGGUCGCAGUGGCGGCCGCCCCACGUCAGCCUCGCCAUCCACUGCCACACACACCUCACCGGCGUCUUUCGACGGCGGUCUCCUACUCCGCCUCCUCCAAAACCCUCCUUCUGCGCACCCGCGAGAGGAAAUCCUCGCCCCGUCCCCCGUUGCCCCGGGGGCGCACCACUUCUUUAGUGACCCUGCCGUCGCCGCCGUGGGGCCUCUCUUCGCCGCAUCGGCGCAGACGCAAGGAGGGGACUUCGGGUGGUCCUCCACCUCGACCACGCACGUACAGCAGCAACCCCGAUUCUCGGAUCCCCGAUUCGCUCCAGGGGACCCCUUCGCUGCUCUUGGCGGUAGAGGGUUCGGAUCUGGGGAUGCGGUUAGGGCGGAGAGGCCUCGGUCGGGGGCGCCGCCUCCAGGGUUUGGCAAGCCGUCGCAUCCACUUCCUGCUGCCCGUGAUGCGCGGAGUGCAUCUGGUGUGGUAUUGCGUAAGGAGCAGUACAAUCCUCGUCCCGUGGAUUUCGUUCCGGCUCUUGCAGAUGUUCGUGAUCCGGUUGGCAGAAUGCCUCAUGGACACGGAGAGCAGUUUUACAGGGAACAGCAGCAAGAUCGUUUUUUGUCACGGACCCCGCCUGAGAUCAAUGCCAAUGGACAGUUUGGCAGGAUGCCAAUUGGAGAGCAGCAUACACUUCCUAUCUUAGGUGGCAGGAGGCUCCAUGUAGAUCAGUACAUGCCUCCCGUCCAGGAAGGCAGGGCACCACAUGGUGGUCAUGGCAAGCAUGAAUCCCGCUUAACCAAUCCGCUACAAAGGGAGCAGAGGUGGCAGGGUCUUAGGGAGGACAAGGGCUAUGCUUCGCGGAAGCUGCCAAAUGUGAAUGCCCAUUACACAUCUGGUAAGGCACUGGUGAAGGAGGUGCACCAUUUGACAAUACCUGCUGGCAGUUCAGUUCCAGUGGAAAUUACGGAGAAUCAAGCGAGUGGUUUGGAAGGAGGCAGAAUAGGGAAAGUAGUUUUGGAGGAUGGAAUUGAUGAAGAAGGGGUAGUGGAGGCAAGUAAGUUUGAAGUGUCAUAUGAAAAGAGUAAGAUUAGAUUUGCUGGACAUGAUGAACAAGAUGAUGGUGGUGACAGGGAAGAUGCUAUAAUUGAGCAGAUGGCACAAAAUCUGCUGAUUGAUGGCAAUGGUGAUGCCAAGGGAGUAGUGUUGGAAAAACCUAUCCUGAGGAGUAAGGAUUUCAGAUCAGAUUUUUCUAGAGGGCAUCAUGUAUCAAGUCAGAGAAUAAGAUUCCAGAGGAGAAACAGGCCAUGUCGAUAUGACAUAGAUCGAUUUACACCUAACUUCUUGUCAAUUUUUGAAUCUUUGGUGCCCUCUGAAGAGGAAAUUGCAAAUCAGAAACAGUUGUUAACAUCUCUAAGCAGACUGAUAAACACAGAAUGGCCUAAUUCAAAACUAUACCUCUAUGGAUCAUGUGCCAAUUCUUUUGGUUUCUCAAAUAGUGAUAUUGAUCUUUGUCUCUCGAUUGAUAACAAGGAAAUGAGCAAGGUUGAUAUUAUAUUGAAAUUGGCAGAUAUUUUCCAAGCUGGAAAUCUCCAGAAUAUUCAGCCAUUAACUCGAGCAAGGGUCCCAAUAGUGAAGCUUAUGGAUCCAAAAACAGGGCUUUCCUGUGAUAUAUGCGUCAAUAAUCUUUUAGCAGUUGUUAACACAAAACUUUUGCGAGAUUAUGGACAAAUAGAUAAAAGGUUACAGCAGUUGGCAUUCAUUGUGAAGCAUUGGGCUAAAACUCGACGUGUAAAUGAAACUUAUCAAGGAACACUUUCUAGUUAUGCCUAUGUGAUUAUGUGCAUUCACCUCCUACAGCUGCGAAGAAUACUCCCAUGUCUACAGGAAAUGGAGGCCACUUAUUAUGUCAAGGUGGAAGAAAUCAACUGUGCAUACUUUGACCAAGUGGACAAGCUAAAUAAUUAUGGUGCUCACAACAGAGAUACAGUAUCAAGGCUGCUCUGGUCCUUUUUCCAUUACUGGGCAUAUGAGCACGAUUACACAAGAGAUGUCAUAUCAAUUCGUACUGGAAGGAUUAUCAGUAAGGAACGGAAGGACUGGACUAGACGAGUUGGAAAUGACAGGCAUCUCAUAUGCAUCGAAGAUCCGUUUGAGAUCUCCCAUGAUCUCGGUCGCGUAGUUGACAAGUUCACCAUCAAAAUACUCAGGGAGGAAUUCGAGCGAGCAGCUAAUAUAUUACAGUUCGAUCCAAACCCCAGCGUAACACUCUUUGAGCCCUACGUGCCCCCUCCAUCGCCGAGCCUGUUGCAAGAAGAAACUGCGAAUGCUGCAGAAAUUGAACUAUGAUAGCGUUUGGUUCGUCCCCAGGUAUUGUAAUAGGAAAUAGAAUCAACUCAAGGAUUUUGAUCCUUGCAUCACUGGUUGCAGCCUUUGGUUGGAUGUGUAAAUGGUAUUGUUUACCGUUACAGCUGUUUGGUUUCUAUCUCAGGGAUCACAAGUCAGUUCCCGAACUUAAAAAUCAUUCGUGGUAUGUUCUAUUUCAACUCAAGGGAUCACAAGUCAGCUACCAUAUCACAUGUCC